GCUUCACACAGAGGCACACCUUCACCAUUGCUUUAGUCAAAAUUGCAAAAAUUUGUCUGGUGAAAUAGAAGAUGGGUUUUGAGGACGCAUCCCAAGUUUGCACCGGUAUCUUGUCCUCCUCUGAUACCGGCAAGAAGACGACUGCUCUCUCAUUGAAUUCCAUUAUCAAUCUCGACCAUGGUGAUCCUACAAUGUUUGAACCGUACUGGAGGAACCUGGGGGAGAAAUGUAAGCUGGUGAUUUCGGGCUCUGAUGUGAUGAGCUACUUCAGUGACCCCGGAAACAUAUGCUGGUUUUUGGAGCCCAAGCUCGCCAAUGCCAUCCGAGUGUUGCACCGGUUGGUGGGGAAUGCAGUGGCGGAAGAUCGCCACAUCCUGGUGGGGACUGGCUCAACGCAGCUAUUCCAGGCGGCCUUGUUUGCGCUCUCUACUCCUGAUGCUCCUGAGCCCAUUAGCGUUGUAUCUACCGCCCCUUACUACUCGUCAUUCAAGGAGGAGGUGGAGUUUCUUCGUUCUGGUCUGUACAAAUGGCAAGGUGAUGCCAAAACCUUCCACAAGGAAGGACCUUACAUUGAGGUGGUGACUUCACCAAGCAAUCCUGAUGGAACAAUUAGAAGAGCUGUGGUGAAUCGUGAAGGAGGCAAGCUGAUUCAUGAUCUUGCUUAUUACUGGCCUCAAUAUACCCCGAUCACUGGUGCUGCCGAUCAUGACGUUAUCUUGUUUACCUUCUCCAAGUGCACUGGGCAUGCCGGUUCUCGAAUUGGAUGGGCGAUUGUCAAAGAUGAGCAGGUGGCCAGGAGGAUGACGAAGUUUAUGGAGCUGAGCAGCAUUGGAGUGUCAAAAGAAUCCCAGCUCCGAGCUGCAAAGAUUCUCGAGGUACUUAACGCUGGUCUGCAAAACGGUAGUGGCUCAGAGAACUUCUUUGAAUAUGGCCGUCACAUCAUGGCCAAACGAUGGUUUGAACUACGGUAUAUAGUGAAAAGCAAUAGCAAGAUUUUUGGUCUGCCAGAAUAUCCGGUGGAGUUCUGCAACUUCAGCAAAGGAACAACCAUAGCACACCCUGCUUUUGCCUGGUUGGAGAGUAAGCAGGACGAAGAUAUAGAGAAACUCCUGAGGGCACAUAAGAUGCUGUGCAGAACAGGAACUCGCUUUGGGUCGGAACAGAAGUAUGUGAGGAUAAGUAUGCUUAGUCGGGACGAGGUGUUCGACGAAUUCUUGGAGAGAUUGGCUGCAAUCAAAGGAGGCACUGAGAAUCAGUAAAGAAGGUCUAAACCCUGAGCUUUGAAUAACAAAGCAGCAAGCCUUGAUUAGGAUAUAGUUUGUAAUUGUAUCGCGAUACCGUUAACUACAAUCACCGUAGUUAACUCUUGUCGCAGAUGUAGCCUUUGAUGAGUCUGGUUUUGUUUUUGUCUCAACGACUGUUUCCCUUUGAUGGUAUGUAGCUAAUUCUAAAGCAAUGUGUCAAUGUUGUUCUUCUCCUCAUGCGUCAAUGAAAUAUUAAAAUUAGA